AUGGUUCUGACAAACUCCAUCCUGGUCCAUGUAGAAGCCCAUCAACCCUCUGCAAGAAUGAGCAGUUGUUAUGAAAUGAGACUUUUGUGCAGUUUCAUAUCUGGUCCUAGCAUCAACAUUAUUUUUGAUGAACCACUGGGCCAAAUCCCACUCUUCCCUGGUACUAGUGAGCUAGUUAGAUGUUCCUUUGAGGAUGUGGCUAUGCACGGGUUGUGGGACAAGGAUGAGUUGCAGAUGGAGGAUGUGGAUGUGUGGUAUGGCGCGAUAAGACAGUGGUAUGAUGUGGAUCCAAUGUGGAGUGCAUAUAGCAUAAUACGAGGUAGAUGGGUAAUGGGCAAGACUAGGACUAUGCAAAUGAUAGUGACUCCAGACACUGACUCAGAGGGAAGGGAUGUAGAGAAGUGGUACUGGAAUGCACAAGUGGGAGUGCUGCAGGACAACCAGAACCAGAAUGCCUUGAAAUCCUGCAUCUACUUGAGGUUCAAAGUAAUGCCUGGUGUAAGAGAAUGGUUUCCUGUCCUAGUCCUCAACUUCCUCAAUGACCUGAGCAUGGUUGCAACAUCAAGGGCUCCAGCAUCAUCAUCAUCUGCAUCUAACCACAUCCCAUCAGCUCUGAAUGUCCAUGACUAA